UCAUCACUGCAAGUGUUAAGCAACUCUAUUCGACGGAUCGAAGCAGCAGCCUUGUCCGUCCCAGUUCGACCUGUCUCCGGGACUCGCGCCACUCGCGCCUUCUAGGUCCGCUGGCCAUGCCUGUAUAGUGCUGUUGCACCAUCCUUGCAGGAGAUACACCAUAGAUAUAUCGCUCAAUCUUAUCCCUCGACCAAUAUGGCCCAGAGCUCCCACCAAGAUAGUAUCGCUAGACACGAAGUCGAUAUACUUCAAGAGAGGACUGCAAAGUUCCUAGGAAAGGCAAGAGUCUUGCUUGAUUCUCUACAGUUUCCGAAACAAGUGUUGGUCGAUCUACAACGACACAAUGUCGACCGGCUGAAGCGGGUGUUUGAGCUAGAAGGCUGCCGACGUCUAGAACCUGAUCGUCAUAUUCCAGCACUUAUCGACGCAAAGGACCUCCAAAGUGCACUUGAAUACACCGCAACCGACCAUGUCACAUCAGAAACUCUGCUCGAUAAUCCAGACGCACUACCUCCCCUCUUGAAGCUGCCAUCGCAUCUCUCCAUACAAUGCUUGCGAGGAAAGCAUCGUGUUACCGCAGCCAAAGAGACGUCAGUGCUAGAAGCGACUGAUAGGUGGUGGAUCGUUGACCUGUACUCUGCUGGUAGGUUCAUGUCGCUGCCAGCCGUUUCUGCACCUGAACUCGAGCCUUCCUAGACAGUACAGGAGGUGUGCUAAACAAAGACGCGAGCAAGACUCAUUUGCGUGGGUGUGUCUGUACUAGUGCAGGAUCAUAUUGCACUACGCCAUAUAUAGCUUAGAUAAUCCUUUUCGACCCACAUGUUAGUCGGAGGGAGCAUGACCGCGCCUUAGAAGCAGAACAUGUAUGAAUACUA